GCUCAGCGGGCUCGGGGACCGACAGCAAGCGCCUCUAGGCUGUGACACUGGCCUCCGGUAGCAGCCUUUCCUGAGCUUCCGCGCAUCCUUGUUGCACACAUUCCCUAAACUUUUAAGCAGCGAAUAGACACGCUUAGCUACCGUGCGCCAGGCGCUGGCAUACAGUCUUAGCUUGUAUUCUGGGCACGCCUGAGCCCUGGUUAAUGCACCUCAGGUACAUCUAUUACAUCCGUCAGGAAGUCUACCGGUCUUUGUUGGGUACCAGAUAUUUAUUUAGAAAUACAUUUCUGAAGCAUAGACUUCAGCCAGACGAACCUCUCUGCAGCUUCUAAGUUCAACAUGUAUGAAGUUUUGCCGGGUUCCGCCCCUGAGAAGGAAGGCAGCCUUGUGACAGUGAAGGUGGAAGAUCCUGCCUUGGAGCAGCCAGGCAACUCAGAGGAGGAUAGGACUCACACUCAGGAAUUUUACCGCCAGCAAUUUCGGCAGUUCUGUUACCAGGAGGCUCCCAGUCCCUGCGAAGCUCUGGCCCAGCUUCGGGAACUUUGCCGUCAAUGGCUGAGGCCAGAGACCCACAGCAAGGAGCAGAUCCUGGAGCUGCUGGUGCUGGAGCAGUUCCUGACCAUCCUGCCAGGGGAGCUGCAGGCCUGGGUGCAGAUGUAUCCUCUGCGGAGCGGUGAUGAGGCAGCAGCACUGCUGGAGAAUUUCGCCUCGGGACAUGGAGACACGGGGCAGCAGGCUACUUUCUAUGUUCAGGAACAGGACAUGCGCCUUGUGGUGACAGACUAUCAAGGAGCCUCUUUGGCGUAUCAGAGCCUCCAGUUUCUCCAGCCUGGGGUCACUCCCCUGACAUGUGACCCUCCACAGCUCCCCCAGGAAGUGAGUGGAUGUGCUCCUCUAGGAAUAGCUUGUCUCCAGGAAGAAAGUUCCAAAGGCACUGCAGUACCACCCGAGCCUAACUCACCUGUACUCCAGCCACUGGUGAAAACUGGGGAAGAAACUGCCCAGGCCUUUGGCUCAGAGGAGUGCUCCCAUCUGGCUCAGAAGAGGCCCAGUGGGAGCUCGGCUCAGCAGGAGGUCAUGGGUGGAAUAAAGGUGGACACUUCGGAAGAAAUGGUACAAGGUGGGAAGGCCUCAAGAAUACCCAAUAGAGAUUGUGCACCCCGCACUCCUGGUAGUACUACUUUCCCUACUGAACAGACAGUCUCAAAUUUGAACACUCUCGGGAAUUUCCACCCUCCCCGUGACUCCUGGGCCAGGAUGCACAUUACAUCCUUGCAGUAUGCAGCUGGAGACAUUACCCGGAAGGGGCGGGAAAAAGACAAAUCUCGAGUGAGUGAGCUGCUUCAAGGGCUUGCAUUUUCUGAUGACUCAGAGGCAGAAGAAGACAAUGAGCCUGAGGUGCAGCCUGAGAGAAAGAAGUUAAAGGUGUCCAGUGGCCCUGAGACGAGCUGGACUAAAAGGGAUAUUAAGCCCAACUUUCCAAGCUGGUCAGCACUGGAUUCUGGACUUCUGAAUCUCAAGAGUGAGAAGUUGAACCCAGUAGAGCUCUUUGAAUUAUUUUUUGAUGAUGAAACAUUCAACUUGAUUGUCAAUGAAACCAAUAAUUAUGCUUCCCAGAAAAAUGUCCGCUUGGAAGUCACAGUGCAGGAAAUUCGGUGCGUGUUUGGUGUCCUGCUCUGGAGUGGAUUUGUCAGGCGUCCCAGGAGGGGGAUGUAUUGGGAAGUCUCUGAUUCUGAUCAGUCCCUGGUUAGAAAUGCAAUUAAAAGGGACAGAUUUGAAUUGAUUUUCUCAUACCUGCAUUUUGCAGAUAAUAGCCACCUAGAUCAAAAAGAUAAGUUUUCAAAAUUGAGGCCUCUCAUAAGGCAAAUGAAUAAAAAUUUCCUCUUAUAUGCCCCCCUAGAAGAAUACUAUUGUUUUGACAAGUCAAUGUGUGAAUGCUUUGAUGGUGACCAAUUUCUGAAUGGAAAGCCUCUUAGAAUUGGCUAUAAAAUUUGGUGUGGUACAACUACACAAGGUUAUCUGGUUUGGUUUGAGCCCUACCAAGAAGACUCAGCUGUGGAAACAGAUAAGGAGCUGGACCUUGGGCUAGGUGGAAAUCUAAUCAUGAGCUUUGCUAAUGUCCUUUUGGAGAAAGGUCACUAUCCCUAUCAUCUGUGUUUUGAUAACUUCUUUACAAGUAUUAAAUUGAUGUCAGCCUUGAAGAAGAAGGGAGUGAAGGCUACAGGAUCAAUUCGUGAAAACAGAAUGGAAAAAUGUCCACUUAUGAAUGUAGAACAUAUGAAAAAGAUGAACAGAGGGUAUUUUGAUUUCAGGGUGGAAGAAAAUGAUGAGAUAAUGUUAUGCCGUUGGCAUGGUGAUGGCUUUCUUAGUCUGUGUUCAAAUGCUGUGGGCAUAGAACCAGUCAGUGAAGUGAGCUGUGUAGCUGAUGAUGAAGAGUUCCUUCAGGUGAGCCAACCAUCCAUAGUGAAAUUGUAUGAGGACUGCAGGAAAGGUGUAGCUAAAAUGGAUCAAAUUAUUUCCACAUACAGGGUGGGACUAAGGAGUAAGAAAUGGUACUCGGUUUUGGUUAGUUACAUGAUCGAUGUAGCCAUGAAUAAUGCAUGGCAGCUGCAUAGAAUCUGUAACCCAGGGUCUCCUUUAGAUCUCUUGGGUUUCCGGAGGUGUGUAGCAUGUUUUUACUUGGGACAUGACAUUAAUCUGACUGAUUAGGGCAGAUAAAGUACACAGUAACAAGACACAAAAAAAAUUGUUACUGUAAUUAGAUCUACCCUACCAAAGCCAAUGAAUGGAGAUGGUGUAAGUAACUGGUAUUUUUUUACAACAAGGAUUGCUACAGCAAAUAAUGUUAAAAAACAUUUUGUGAGUAUUGAAUUUGUAUUACCGUUAUGUCUAAUUUUGUGUCAGAUACGUGAAAACACUUGUUAAAUUAUUUUGUAUAUUAAAAGAGCAAAACUA